CCUUGUCUUUCAGACAGGGAGAUCUGACUAUCUGAGGAAGUCUCCCAAUUAUUCUCGCAUCUUUUAUUUCCUUUUUUUUUUUUUUUAAAUUUUGUUUUAUGCUUAUAAGCAUAAUUCGAGCUUAACUUCCUUUGGAAAUUGAAGUAAACGACUGUGAACAAAUCAGAAAUGAUGCAAAAAAACCCUAGAAUUUCCGUCUCACGAUCCUUCUCAUUCAUUGAAUACAUUGAAAACCAGAUCCGUCUCUGCAGCCUGAUCUGAUCUCCGAUCUUCUCGAACUUUAGCAAAUGGCAGGCGCCGUAUCGGCGCUUUUCCUUCUCGAUAUCAAAGGCCGCGUCCUAGUGUGGCGUGAUUAUAGAGGUGACGUCUCAGCUGUACAGGCAGAGCGUUUCUUUACAAAGCUUAUUGAGAAAGAGGGUGAUCCAGAGUCCCAAGAUCCAGUUGUGUAUGACAAUGGUGUCACCUAUAUGUUCAUACAGCACAAUAACGUAUUCCUGAUGACAGCUUCUAGGCAGAACUGCAAUGCUGCAAGUCUUCUUCUCUUUUUACACCGUGUAGUUGAUGUCUUUAAGCACUAUUUUGAGGAAUUAGAAGAAGAGUCACUGAGAGAUAACUUUGUGGUUGUGUACGAGUUACUCGAUGAAAUGAUGGACUUUGGUUACCCUCAGUACACUGAAGCAAAAAUUCUUAGUGAAUUUAUCAAGACUGAUGCUUACAGGAUGGAAGUCACUCAACGACCCCCAAUGGCUGUAACAAAUGCAGUGUCUUGGCGCAGUGAAGGGAUACGAUACAAGAAGAAUGAAGUGUUCUUGGAUGUUGUGGAAAGUGUCAAUAUACUUGUCAACAGCAAUGGGCAAAUAAUCCGGUCAGAUGUUGUUGGAGCAUUAAAGAUGAGAACAUAUUUGAGUGGUAUGCCUGAAUGUAAGCUUGGCCUAAAUGACAGAGUGCUACUGGAGGCUCAAGGUAGAUCAACAAAAGGGAAAGCAAUUGAUCUGGAUGAUAUCAAAUUUCACCAGUGUGUACGUCUGGCUCGAUUUGAAAAUGACAGGACAAUAUCCUUUAUACCCCCUGAUGGGUCUUUUGAUCUGAUGACAUACAGACUCAGCACUCAGGUAAAGCCUCUGAUCUGGGUGGAGGCUCAGGUGGAGAGGCAUUCAAGAAGUCGUGUUGAGCUGAUGGUAAAAGCACGGAGCCAGUUCAAGGAGCGUAGCACUGCAACAAAUGUUGAAAUUGAGUUGCCUGUGCCAUCUGAUGCUACCAAUCCCAAUGUGCGAACUUCCAUGGGAUCUGCUUCAUAUGCACCUGAAAAUGAUGCAUUGAUAUGGAAAAUAAAAUCCUUUCCUGGGGGCAAGGAGUAUAUGUUGAGGGCGGAAUUUGGUCUUCCCAGUAUAACUUCUGAAGAUGCAGCUCCUGAGAGAAAAGCUCCUAUUCGUGUGAAAUUUGAGAUACCGUAUUUUACUGUCUCUGGAAUACAGGUACGUUACCUUAAGAUCAUUGAGAAAAGUGGAUACCAGGCCCUUCCAUGGGUCAGAUACAUCACAAUGGCCGGUGAAUAUGAACUGAGACUUAUUUAAAAGCCACUCGAACCGGCACUGCUAACGACCACGUGAUAUAUUUUACGGGCUCUAAUAUUCUAGAACUCAAAGCUACUAUAAAGGAGCCUAGUGUGAAAUAGUUGUUCCUUCCAAAACCGUGGUAAGUUUUAGCUUUUGUAGUCUUUUAUCUCUUCCCCCUUCAUCUCUGUUUUUGUUCUACAGUCGUUUGCAAGGGUCCAUGGUCACCCAAAAAUGUUUGUCUAUUCAUUUUUUUGUGAGAAUUAAGAAUCAUUUAUUGGGCAUUGGAUGGUAGCGGCUGGUCCAUGAUUAUGAUAUUGAAUGUAGGUGGCCUCUCCACAACAUGCAUUAGAAACUAGAAAGUUCCUUUAUUAUUCAUGUUCUUCCCUAUUGCUUAAAGUAUGGAAUUUGUGUCAAAAUUCGAUAAAACUAUAUGAGAUGUUCAAGUUUA